GGAUGGCAAGAAUGGGACAUUUGUAACAUCUGUAUGUGGCUAAGUCCAUCAUUUCUGUUGACAUGCAAUACCAUUAAAGGCACCUGAGGCUAUUUUUCUCUAAACCAGGCUGAGUAAUUCUCCAGAAAGACUGUAACCACAUGCAUCUCGACUGACUAACUAACCUCUUUCUUUAUCUUUGUUCUCUCCGUCUCUUUCUUGCAGAACCGUGACAUGGUCGAUUGUAUGAGCAAAGUCAUGCUGCACACGGUCGUCUCAUGCUGGCAACCAUUCCUGGGAAUGGCCCUUGUGGCUGCCUUUGUAGGUCCUACCCUAGGAUGUCCCUCACGCUGCGAGUGUUCAGCACAGAGCAAAGCAGUUGUCUGUCACCGCAAGCGUAUGCCCAGCAUCCCAGAUGGGGUUCCAACAGAGACCAAGAUCCUGGACCUGAGUAAGAACAAGUUGACAAUGAUCAACCCUGAUGACUUUAUUUCAUUUCCUGGGCUUGAGGAACUUGAUCUCAGUGGAAAUAUUAUCAGUUAUGUUGAGCCUGGAGCUUUUAACGCCCUGUUUAACAUGCACUCACUCAGUCUCAAGAGCAACCGUAUCAAACUCAUACCUCUCGGCGUCUUCACAGGCUUAACAAAUCUUACCCGACUGGAUAUAAGUGACAACAAGAUUGUCAUCUUACUGGAUUACAUGUUCCAGGACCUGCAUAAUCUUAAGUUUUUGGAAGUGGGUGACAACGAUCUUGUUUACAUUUCUCACCGUGCAUUCAGUGGGCUUUUAAGCCUGGAGAUACUAACCUUAGAAAGGUGCAACCUCACAGUUGUACCCACUGAGGCUCUUUCCCACCUGCACAACCUGGUCAGCCUCCAUCUGCGAUACCUCAGCAUCAGCACUUUGCAUCCUUACUCAUUCAAAAAGCUGUUCCGGCUGCGGCAUUUAGAAAUCGAUAAUUGGCCAUCACUAGAUCAUGUGCCAGCCAAUACCCUGCAUGGCCUCAAUCUGACCACUCUGUUCAUAACCAGCACCAACUUGUCGUCCUUCCCUUACCAAGCCUUGAAGCAUCUGCCCUACUUGACACACCUAAAUCUGUCCUACAACCGCAUCAGGCACAUUGAAGGGGGGAUGUUGACGGAACUUGUUCGACUUCAAGAACUACAUCUGGUUGGAGCUCUGCUAACCACCAUUGAACCAUAUGCUUUCCAAGGUCUGCGGGGGCUUAAAGUUCUCAAUGUUUCUCACAACCGACUGGAUACACUGGAAAAGGGUGUUUUUCACUCUCCUGAGGCUCUGCAGGUUCUUCUGAUAGACAACAACCCUCUGGUGUGUGACUGCCGUCUCAUGUGGAUCCUACAGAAAAGGCAUUCCAUCUUCUUUGGGGAUGCUCAGCCAGAGUGUAGCACACCAGAAGGUAUUCGUGGCAGGCCUUUUAAGGAAUUUAAGGAGACUCUCCUGUCUUAUUAUGUGACAUGUACCAAGCCAAAAAUCCGUGAGAAUAAAACUCAAACUAUCACUGUGGAUGAGGGCCAGCAGGCGAUGUUGCGCUGUAGUGCUGAGGGAACACCAAGGCCCAUUGUGUCCUGGUUGUCUCCACGUCGACGAGUUUUAACAAGUAGGAGCCAUGGUAGAGUAACCGUCCACAACAACGGUACACUGGAGAUCAGGUCAGCAGAGGUACAAGACAGUGGAGUGUACCUUUGCCUUGCCUCAAACACUGCAGGAAAUGACACCCUGAUGACUUCAUUGGCUGUGAAAAGUUUGGGAUCACUGUAUGCCAACAGGACCCAGUACUACGCAGAUCCCAGCAAUACCACGGCCAAUGGGACAGCAGGGGUGACCGUUGGCUUAGACCUAAAGACUAUUUUGGUGUCAACGGCUAUGGGUUGUUUCACAUUCCUGGGAGUGGUCUUGUUUUGUUUCUUGCUCCUUUUUGUUUGGAGCAGAGGGAAAGGAAAACAUAAAAACAACAUAGAUGUUGAAUAUGUGCCUCGGUCUAAUGGUACUAAUGUUGAUUCAGCAGAGGGACAAGCUGGUCCUCGACGUUUUAACAUGAAAAUGAUGUGAUCUCUUUCAUAGAUCCAAGAUUGUGGAAAUGCCCCAAUUUUUUUUUUUUGUUUCUUUUUUUGUAAAUGGAACUACUGAACUUCACACGACUGCAGGAAAUAAUGUUUGUGACACAUUUGGGACACAAGAUGAACAGUGCUUUAAAUCAAUGGAUCUUGACAGAAAUGCUUGGAUAACUGUGUUUCAAAUGCUGAAAAUCACUAUAGGACAUCCUCUUACAUAAUUCCCAGCGGUCAACUUCACUGUGGACGAGGAGUGAAAAGUGUUGCCGCCAAGGAUACCUGAAGGGAGCCGGGGUCAUUUAUCAGCUUUUUGAAAUUUAUACGCCUAAAACGAACAUUUCAGUUUUGGGUUGGAUCUACAGACUGAGCUGAACCAUGUACAGUACAAAUUUGUAUCUAAACUAUUAACCUACUUUGUUUUAGUCUUGCGCCAUGCUUAUUCACUGAACAAAUCAAUGAAACAGAACAUAAUUUCCUAUGUUAAAUACUUUGCAUAUGUGUACCUAAUGCUUCAUUAUGUACAUGUAUGUACAUAUUCAUUCAAAAGAACUAUUCACAGCAAUAUUCAUGAAAUGCAUAAGCCCAAACUGAUAUACCCCACUUGUUCAGCAAGAACAUUCUUCAGCCUUCAGAAGUUUCCAUGGAUUCAGGAAGGGCUUCUAUGGGUGAUUAUUUGUCCCUGCUCCAAACUGACUUCUAAAUAUUAAUAAAUAUAUAUUAUUUAUAAAAUGAAAGAAAAAAGAUUUUAUUUAUGAAACGUGGAGCAUUUUACAAAAACAGUCCUCAAACACUGUUCAGGAUCAAACAUAACACUUCAAAGAUGACCCAGUGCAGGUCAAAGUAUAAACAUGGACCACCUUUCUGUCCUAUUUUUGUCUAUUUUUAUUAUGUUAAUUGUACCUUUGCUGGUUGGCAAAAUACAUGUGUCAUUUUUGCUACAGUGAUAUUUGCUUAAAUUUUUCCCAGUAGAAAAUUUGGACUUUGUUGUGGUAGUUCUUCAUUUUGUUGUUAAAUCAUUCAGAUUGUGAAAACAAAGUGAAAGUUAAAAAAAAAAAGAAAAGAAAAGAAAAAGAAAAAAUGUAUGUGAAAUAAAUAAAGAUG